AAGGCACACAGUGUUCCUGAGAAGGAAAUUAUGUCCAUCCUAACCAAUCCCAGCUUAGCCACCCAGGCUGGCUCGGGACGGCUUGUCCUUGGCCCCUGAUGUCCUGCCUGGGCCACUUCAUGGAGACCAGUAGGAAGCUGGAAGAUAGGAGAGUGGCUGCUAGGCAUCUUGCCUCCCUUUUGCCUUGAGUUUUUCCUGACUCCUGCUACCACCAUCCCUGCUUCUUUGUUGCUCUGGUCUAAUUAUGGACACAGGAGGUGGCUUUGGCCCCCAAAGCUCAAGCAACAUGUCUGACGCCUUGGCCAACGCGGUGUGCCAGCGCUGCCAGGCCCGAUUUGGCCCUGCCGAGCGCAUCAUCAACAGCAGCGGGGAGCUGUACCACGAGCACUGCUUCGUGUGCGCCCAGUGCUUCCGGCCGUUCCCCGAGGGGCUCUUCUACGAGUUUGAGGGCCGGAAGUACUGUGAACAUGACUUCCAAAUGCUGUUUGCUCCUUGCUGUGGAUCCUGUGGUGAGUUCAUCAUUGGCCGUGUCAUCAAAGCUAUGAACACUAACUGGCACCCGGGGUGCUUCCGUUGUGAGCUGUGUGAUGUGGAGCUGGCUGACUUGGGCUUUGUGAAGAAUGCAGGCAGGCACCUCUGCCGGCCUUGCCACAGCCGUGAGAAGGCCAAGGGCUUGGGCAAGUACAUCUGCCAGCGGUGCCACCUGGUCAUCGAUGAGAAGCCCCUCAUGUUCAGGAACGACGCCUACCACCCAGAUCACUUCAACUGUACCCACUGUGGAAAAGAGCUGACUGCCGAGGCCCGGGAGCUGAAGGGGGAGCUGUACUGCCUGCCCUGCCAUGACAAGAUGGGUGUCCCCAUCUGCGGGGCCUGCCGCCGGCCCAUCGAAGGCCGUGUGGUCAACGCGCUGGGCAAGCAGUGGCAUGUGGAGCACUUUGUGUGCGCCAAGUGUGAGAAGCCCUUCCUGGGACACCGGCAUUAUGAGAAGAAAGGCCUGGCCUACUGUGAGACCCACUACAACCAGCUCUUUGGGGACGUCUGCUACAACUGCAGCCAUGUGAUUGAGGGCGAUGUGGUGUCGGCCCUCAACAAGGCCUGGUGUGUGAACUGCUUCUCCUGCUCCACCUGCAACAGCAAGCUCACCCUGAAGAACAAAUUUGUGGAGUUUGACAUGAAGCCCGUGUGUAAGAAGUGCUAUGAGAAGUUCCCGCUGGAGCUAAAGAAGCGGCUGAAGAAGCUGGCGGACCUGACCUCCCGCAAGGCCCAGCCCAAGCCUGUGGAUGUGAACUCUGCCUGAAGGCUCUUGCCCUCCUUGCUGCCCACCAGCCUGCUUCCCUAUCACCUCCCUAUCUCCUCUCUCCCUGCUGCUCCUGGCCUUCCUCAGCCUCCCUCCGUCUCUCCCCUUUCCACCCACGUCUGCCUUCUGCGUCAUCUUCCCCUCUGCCAGCUCCUGUCUUCCUGUCUGUGGAGGCUGCCCCACAUCUGAUGCCACUUCUGCCUGUCCCUGCGAGCUCCAGGGACAGCAGCAAAUCGGGGCUGAGGUCGCCCGCUCCUGCUUGCACCACAGCUGCCUGCCAUGCAGCUGACCUGUCCUUGCCACCAAGGCCUUGGUGGCACCCACUGUCCCAGGGAGCACGGGCCCCAGAGUGGUCCCGCUGUGUGCAUGUGCUGGCCCAGCCCUGCAGUGGAGACCUCCAGGACACCGUCAGCCCACAGCCACUCAGCCACUCAGAUCCCCAUGGCCAUACUGGGCCAGCGAGCCCUGCCAUCCCCACUCAUGAGCCAGCCGGAAGCACAAGGGGGCUCCCUCCAUCCCUCGGAGCCUCGACACCACAUGGCACCGCAGCUCUACGGUGCUUCCCCUCGCUGCACCAGAGCGGGGGCGGGAGGGCGGGAUCAGAGGCAGCUCUUGCCUGCUUCAGGGCGACCCUUCCCAGUGGCCAGAGCAGCCCUGGCUGGAGGCUCCCACUCGCACAAUGAAGGCUGAUUCACCACCAGCA